UGCUGCGGCCGGCGGGCUGAGCGCGGGGGGAUGCGCGCUGCGCCGCGCAGCCAUGUCGCGGGUGAGCGGCCCCGGCCCGGCCGGCAGCGCCAAGGAGAAGCGCUCCUUCAGCAAGCGGCUGUUCCGCGGGCGGGCGGCGGGCGGCGGCUCGGCCCCGUCCGCCUCGCCGACCCCGUCCGGGCGGUCGCUCGGCGGGUUCAUGAGCCGCGUGCUGAAGACCCUCUCCACCCUCUCGCACUACAGCAGCGAGCCCGAGUCCCGCGGCCCGCACGCCCCGCGCCUGCCCCCUUCGCAGGCGGCCGGCGGCCUGGGCAGCUGCUUCCCGCCGGGCCCGCCGCACAGCCCCGAGCCCCCGCCGCGGCCCGCCGGCGGCCCCGAGGCCGUGCCCGGCGUGGCGGGGCUGCGCAACCACGGCAACACCUGCUUCAUGAACGCCAUCCUGCAGUGCCUCAGCAACACCGAGCUCUUCGCCGAGUUCCUGGCCCUGGAGCAGUUCCGCGGGGGGCCGCCCCCCGCCGCCCCCAGCCCCGCCGCCGACGGGCCGCCGGCCGCGCCCGGCGAGGUCACGGAGCAGCUGGCGCAGCUGGUGCGGGCGCUCUGGACGCUGGAGUACACCCCGCAGCACAGCCGCGACUUCAAGAACAUUGUGUCCAAGAACGCCAUGCAGUACCGCGGGAACGCCCAGCACGACGCGCAGGAGUUCCUGCUGUGGCUCCUCGACAGAGUCCACGAGGACCUGAACAACGUGGUGAGCUACAGCGGGAUGCCUCCGCUCAAGCCGCCACUGGAGGAUGAUGUGCUGCUCGAGGGACCAGCCUUUCCAAUCAGCAGUACUUUCGUGCAGGAGCUCUUCCAAGCCCAGUACAGGUCCUCUCUGACGUGCCCUCAUUGCCAGAAGCAGAGCAACACCUUUGACCCUUUCCUCUGCAUCUCUCUGCCAAUUCCUUUGCCUCAUACACGGCCGCUCUACGUGACCGUGGUGUACCAGGGCAAGUGCUCUCACUGCAUGCGCAUUGGCGUGGCUGUGCCAGUGGUGGGGACGGUGGCCAGGCUGCGGGAAGCUGUGUCCUCAGAAACCAAGAUACCGACAGAACAGAUUGUGCUGACAGAGAUGUACUAUGAUGGGUUUCACCGUUCCUUCUGCGACACUGAUGACCUGGACACUAUUCAUGAAAGCGACUGCAUUUUUGCCUUUGAGACCCCAGAGAUAUUUAGGCCCGAGGGUAUCCUCAGUCAGAGAGGAAUACAUGUGAACAAUAACCUGAAUAACUUGAAAUGCGGCACUGAACACUCCCGAACAAUAUCUUACACGCAAGGAACAGCCAAGUCUGGAAAACUGGAGCAGUCCUCUCCUAAACCAGCAGCGAAUGACAAGAUUGUCUUGCUGGUGUGUAACCGAGCGUGCACUGGGCAGCAGAGCAAAAGGUUUGGCUUGCCCUUUGUGUUGCAUUUGGAAAAAACAAUUGCUUGGGAUAUUCUGCAGAAGGAAAUCCUGGAGAAGAUGCAGUAUUUCCUGCGGCCUGCAGCCUGCCUGCAGGUUUGCCCAUUCAGCUUGCGAGUGGUCAGUGUUGUGGGCAUAACGUACUUGCUACCUCAGGAGGAGCGACCCCUCUGCCACCCAACGGUGGAAAGGGCAUUGAAGUCAUGUGGACAGGGGGGAACUGCUCAUGUGAAAUUAGUGGUAGAAUGGGACAAAGAAACUAAAGAUUACUUGUUUGUGAACACUGAAGAGGAGUAUAUUCCAGACUCCGACAGUGUCCGCCAGCAGAGAGAGCUUCAUCACCAACCUCAGACCUGCACUUUAUCUCAGUGUUUCCAACUGUACACCAAAGAGGAGCAGCUUGCCCCAGAUGACGCAUGGCGAUGCCCACACUGCAAGCAACUGCAGCAGGGUAGCAUCACACUGAGCCUCUGGACCUUACCGGAUGUUCUCAUCAUACAUCUCAAAAGGUUUCGACAGGAAGGAGACCGAAGGAUGAAACUCCAGAAUAUGGUUAAGUUCCCCCUGAGUGGUUUGGACAUGACUCCUCACGUUGUGAAACGCAGCCAGAGCAGCUGGAGUCUGCCAUCUCACUGGUCACCCUGGAGGAGGCCCUACGGUCUUGGGAGGGAUCCUGAGGACUAUAUCUAUGACCUGUAUGCUGUCUGCAAUCAUCAUGGCACCAUGCAGGGGGGACACUAUACAGCAUAUUGCAAAAACUCGGUUGAUGGUCAGUGGUACUGCUUUGAUGACAGUGAUGUUCAGCAACUUCCUGAAAACGAAGUCUGCAAGCAGACAGCUUACAUUCUUUUCUAUCAGAGGCGCACAGCAAUCCCAUCCUGGUCUGCCAACAGCUCUGUGGCAGGCUCCACAAGCUCCUCACUCUGUGAGCACUGGGUCAGCCGCCUGCCCGGCAGCAAGCAGCCCAGCAUCGCUUCAGCAGCCUCGUCGCGGCGCACAUCCCUGGCUUCGCUCUCGGAAUCAGUAGAGCUGACUGGGGAAAGGAGUGAAGAUGAUGGAGGAUUUUCGACUCGUCCCUUUGUGCGCAGUGUCCAGCGCCAGAGCCUCUCAUCCCGAUCGUCUGUCACCAGCCCGCUGGCAGUGAGUGAGAACGGUGUCAGGCCCUCCUGGUCCCUCUCUGCGAAGCUGCAGCUGCGCUCCAACUCGCCGUCGCGCUUUCCUGGAGACUCCCCGGUGCACACCUCUGCUUCCACCCUGGAGAAGAUCGGGGAGGCUGCUGAUGAUAAAGUCUCCACCUCCUGCUUCGGCAGCCUGAGGAACCUCUCUAGCAGCUACCUGGAGCCCUGCGAUGGCAGUCGGCGGGAGCACAGGACGGCUCGCAGGGCUCCUUUGGCUGUCAUGGAAGGGGCGUUCAGGGAAGAGGCUGUUGUAAGGACAUCUAGCUCCGAUCUUUCAGAUGAGUAUGGCAAAAGCUCUGUGCAGCCAGACAGGAAUCACCCUGCUUUGGACCCUUUUGAUAACAACAACCAAAUCGCCUUUGUUGAUCAGAGUGAUUCUGUGGAUAGCUCUCCUGUCAAGGAGGUGAAAGCCCCCAGUGGGACAGGGCUGGCUGCAGAGAAGGCAGAUGGCACUCCUAAGAAGGUUCACAGCUCCAAGGGAGUUUCUGAGCCAGACAGAAGUUUGAGGAAGGGACGGACAGUCUUAGCUACGCAAGAGACCAAAGUCUCUCACGCUUCUCCUCCUCCACUAAAGAGUGCCCAGAAAGUGUCCCGGUCUAGAAGUAAGACGGACUCCUCUAGGGCCAGCGGGCGCCAUGGGUCUCCCGCUCCCACUCAGGCUAGGAAGGACCAUAGCACGAAGCCCCUUGAGGUUGCUGUCCCAUCGGCCCCGCAGAAGCAAAGGCCAGGUUCAUCUCCAUCCUCCACAGCUGCCAAGAGAACCCCAUCGGGCUCAUUGACUAAAGGCUCUUCUGCUGGGAAGAGCCGGACUUCAGACCGAAGCCUCAGCAGGGAGGGCUCCAAGCUAAGCCUGGGGUCGGAUAAGACGAGCGUUACCAGCAGCUCGAGAACGAGCUCCCCGCGCAUCAGCCACUCCAGGAGCGACAGCCGGGCCGUGGACAGCAAGCACGUGCGGAGCUCCUCCAUGGCCAACCUGCGCUCUCCAAACGUGGGUGUGCGCUCUGCCCUGAAGAGGGACAGCAAGUCCGAGGAGAAGGGGCUGUCUUUCUUCAAAUCGGCCUUAAGGCAGAAGGAGACGCGGAGGUCAGCAGACCUGGGGAAGACCACGAUGCUCUCCAAAAAGACGGGGAGCGGCAGUUCCAAGUCAGGCAGUAAAAACGUGCUGGAAGACAAAUCAGAGAAGGGUGUUGUCCCACCAGCCUCCCAAACCAAUGCCAACCUUACUGCAAAAGAAAAACUUGUCCCUAAAGACGCUGCCCCCAGCAAACAUUCUCUGCUAUCCAGUCGCAAGUCCAAGUCUUCCCAGCUAGAUCCCGGGGUCCAGUCUCCCCCUUCCAGUGGCAAGCAGGCUGCUGACAAGCCACUGAAAAGGUUACCUUCCAGCAUGCAGGUGUCUGUACGGCCUUCUCUGGAACCUCAGUGAAAUGCUGCAAUCCAGGUGUCUUUUCUUCUGCUGAGAAGCUAAUUUAUUGAGCUCUUGUUUUUUUGUUCAUGUGCCUAAUGUCUGUUUUGAGGAGAAGUUAACUGCAAGUUGUUAAAGCGCCUUUUGAUUCUGCCAUCAAACCAAAUAGCCACAGGCAGCCAGCACUGAUGCAAGUAGUCUAGCUGGAGUCGUUGUUGAACAUGAAUGCAGCUGUCCCAUAGCACUUGUACGGGAGUCUCUUUAUAGGAAAUGCAACAACUUCCUUCAGAUUCGAGCUCUGGAAUCUGAAAGGCAGUUGUACUGACACUAGUGUGCUUUGUAGAGCUGUGAACUGAUAUUCCUUUGGUCUUGUUCUGAGCAGGCUGUGUCCACGCUGGUGUGGCCUUGUUCUGAGCUGGGGAGGAUGCGAAGGUAACUGGGAAGGAGAGGCUGCCACUUCUUCUUACGCUCUCUCUUGACCCCCUCUCCCUGCUCCCUUCUGUUUUCAAGCUUUCUAAAGGGCAAUAUUUCAACACUAAUGUUGUUUCUCAGGUAUAUACUCAGCCAGUAUAGGAGGGACUAGCAUUAGUGGAUGUGCAGAAAGGUACCUGUGUGUCCGUGUGUCUAUAACAGUUCAUUUUGCAUUCCAGCAGCUGAAAGUGGGUGGUUUUUUUCCAUGGAAUGUAACCUGCCUUUUUUGUUUCUAUGUCUGCAAAGAGUUCAGCUCUGUCCAUACCUGAGGCAACCUCUACCCUGUCCUCUUUAAUUACUUUCUCUCUUCUGGAACACUGUACGGAGCAGCAGAGGAAACCGCUGAGCUGCAGCUGGGUGCCAGCUCCUGGUACCUGUGGGACAUGGUGGCAGUGCCGUAGGAGAGCUGUCUUCCUGCCCCUGGGGUGGGUGAUGCUGUAGGACCCCUGUUCAAACUCCUCAGAAGCAUUUCCUGAAGUGCUCAGAUGCUGAAUCGUGGUGGUGUGAGCAUAGCACCCGUUACUUAGAGCAGUGAUGUUUAGAUAAGCCGAGCGUCAUCUUGUCUUCUCCGCCUUCUCUGAGCGUGCUUUGAGACAGCCUCUUGUGGGGCUGGAGGGGCUGUACCAAACACCAUGGGGCAGUUUUUGCCUCUGAAUGCUGCUGUGUCCCUGCCCUUGCACCCUCCUCACCUUCCCCUGUGGGUCUGGCUCCCACAUGCCCCUUGGAACCACUCCCCAGUCUCCUGUGGAUGAGUCUAUCAGGGUUUAACACUACAUCUGGUGACGUCUUUGUUUACAUGUCCUUCUUACAGGGGAGAUUCCUCAAGUUCUUUACGAGUCCUCCUGAAGGGUGCAUUCCUCAACUCCUUUUGUCUCUGUGGUGGAUUUAGUUUUGUUCAUCAGAGUGCCGCCUCUCCUUAUGUUCAGCAGCAAUCCAUGUAGGUCACGAUGGGCAGUGUGCUGGGCGCGCUUGUCUUCUGAAUGAGGGCUCUGCCUCUCUUCCAGGCUGCUGUGGCAGAGCUUCCCUCGGCUUUGCUGGUGGACGGGUCUGUUUGUGCAUCUCUUCCCUUGGUGCAGCAAACAGCCCUCAGCCAGGUAGUGACUCUAAGCUAGUCUGUGCCACCUCCUCCCUUGAGCUGGUCUGCUGGGGAGCCUGAGAAGCCUUUCACUGAGGUCUGCUGGGCACCUUGCUGCUCUGUGAUCACUUCUUGUACUCAGCUCGCCACACAUCUGCAGCAGGCUUUGGAGGGGAGUGUUUUGGGGGAGCUGGCACCCCAGAGAGCAGGCAGUGUGUGUGGCAGUGAGCUGGGGGUGCUGUGAGUGCGACAGUGAGCCCGCCUGCAGUGCAGCCCUCACUCUGUCUCCAUGCCUUUCUGCAGCACUUAUUUCCUGCAGCCCAGCAGCAUGCCAGCAGCCUCCAUGUUUCACCAGUGGGCUGCCUCUGGGCCAGUAUUUUGGACUGUAUUUUUAAACCUGAACACAAGCAUCUCUUGAUGCAUCUCUCCUCCCAGGCAUUGUUUCAGUCUCAUUGCAGCAACAAGAUUGCAUUACUUGCUUCUUAACUGUGUGACUUGGAUUAUUCUUGGAUUAUUUUUUGUUACAUCCAGCAGAGCAGAUAAGACUUGCUUCACGUUGUAGUUCUUAAAUUACUCCCUGAAAUGUUGAUGUUGGAGUAUUUGUUUAAGGUUUUAUCUGUAUUAAGGUUGUGCUCUAUGUUGGCUUUUCUCUUCUAAAGGCUCUUGUAGCAAGAAUGUAAUUCUGGUAGCUGGUGCAGACUCAGGGUUGUCUUUCCGUGGCCAGAGCCUGGUUCUCUGUGUUUUGCCAUGGGACACUUGUGACAGGUUAUUUUUAUCAAAUGACAGUUUCUUUUCCUGCCAUCGCUCACUGAAGUAGUUUGAAGUGGAAGCCGGUGUUUGGCUGUUGAGGUGGUUUUGCUCCUGUGCUGCAUGCCUGGGCUGGAGGAAAUCUGAAGGUGUGUGCAAACCGGAGCCUGAGCUGAGUGCCAGUUCAGUCUGCUUGCAUCUGGGGCAUGAGAACGGGCAGUAAUGCUCCCGUGUGGACAAAACGGGAAUAGGAGGUCCUGGUUUCCAGCAGCUGAUGUUAAGAGCGGUGCAGAGCGUGCUGUGCAGGACCUGUUCUGUGGCUGUGUCAGUCCUGUAGUGAAGCAGGUUGGAAAACAGCGUGUGCUGCCCCUCUGCAUCCCUGCUUUUGGUAUCAUGCAUUCCAGUGGUGCGUGCACUGCCUUGCAUGGGAGAGGGUUGAAAAAUGUGGGUCCAGGAAGCAAUGAUGUUCAUUGUGUAGAAGCAAGCCUCUUGCUGGUAAAGUUAUGGCUCCAUCAGUGAUGCAGAGUAAAUCUUCCUAAAAGUGAAUGUAGGUUAUUGCAGUGAUCUGGGAAAAAGCAUCAUCAAUCUUCUCUCCUUGCUUUACAGCAGACUUAUUUCGUAGCCUUUCCAUGCACAGGAACUCCUGUCCAUGUGUAUUGUGUUGUCCAGAUGUAAGGAUGUGGCAUGGUACCAGGAAACACUCCAGGGAGGGAUUUCCAAGUCCUAGAUGUCAGCAUCACCUUGGCUUUGUGCAUUGAUCCUUAGAGCAGCAAAGGCUCAAGGCUGUUCUGCAGCAGCUGCUUGUACAUGGUCACCUCUUUUCUUUAAAACUCACAUUUGGCUCCAGCAGCAUUCUCCAUUCUGCCCAUCAUGCACAGUGUGGGGCAUGUGGAAUGGCCCCUGGUGUGGCUGCCUUGGGGCUGGUGGAGCCUGGGACCCCCAUCUGGUGACCUGGGGGCAGAGGUUUGUUGGGUACCUCAUGCUGGUGGGAAGAUGCCUUCAAAGGGGGAGGCCCAGCAGCAUCCUUGUGCUUGGAGCGCGUGUGAGCUCCAUGGGAAGGAGGCUGCCAGCCCUCUGAAGGCUUUGUGAUGUGUUUCUGAUCAACUUCGGGUUGAGCUCACCUUCGUCAGCCACGUGUAACUGCCAUCCCAACCACAUCCCUUGUCUGACACUUGCUCCUGUUCCUGGAAGUGGCCCGGGGGGUGCAGGGAAGCAGCAUCUUCACCCCAGCGCCAGGUUCCUGCUGGAGUCACGGAGGGGAAUUCUUUUUACCCUUUUCUGGGCUGUGUCUUUUGGACAGUAUUUAGUAGUAUACAAAUUAUAAGCACAUUUUCAACGACGUGUAUUAAAGAGGCACCUUUUAUUUGUAUUUAUCACGUUUGAUAGACAAUUUGGUGCCUGCAGUUCUCUGUAACCUGUGUCUCACUUUGGGUGUAUAAAUUGUUAACCCUGUCAAACUUAUCAAAUAUGGCUAAAUAAAGAAACAAGACGCUUA